UUUAUUAGGUGGUGUUAUCUUCUAUGUCCAAAUCUCUUAGAAGACGGAAUCUCUUGCCCAGAUUUCGGUGUCAAGAAACCUCUCUACGUGAUUGGGAAUCCUGUUACGUGAUUUACUGACUGACACGAGUGUCUUGACAAGAAUCCUGGUGGCGGGCCCAGUGGACAGUAAACACGGCUAUAAACACAGGAGGCUGUCUGUUGAAGACACACAUCACCUGACGGCUCUACUGCUUCACCUGUAGGACAAGACCGCAGACCUUAUUCUCUCACUGGUUGUUGUCGCUGCUGACGAUGAAGCUUCUCGUCGUUGUAGUCAUCGUCGUGGGUUUAGACCGUGUCGCGAGCAGUACUGUGAGCUGCUCGUACUACUGUACGCGGUCUGUCCGUUACACCACAGGCUGCGGGUUAUUCAACUGGUGGCGAUGCACCCGAUACAGGGCAGAAGGUUCAACUUGCUACAGAACGGGCGUAAAUGGCGCAUGGUCCAGCUGGUUGACCUCUGACACAGGAAGUUGUUCCGUGACCUGCGGCCUGGGAACUCGCGUGAGGACUGACCAACGACACUGCAACAACCCCGCCCCCACCGACUGUGGCGCCGCCUGUCCCGGCAACAACAAGCGGAGUGAAUACGAGUCCUGCAACGCCGGGUGUUGUCCGGUCAGCGGCGGCUGGUCUGACUGGGAGCUGCAGGACUCCAGCACCUGCUCCGUGACGUGUGGAGGUGGAACACGUAGCGUGACGUACCAGCGUACCUGCAGCAACCCCGCAACGUCAUGCGGCGGUGUGACGUGCUCUGGCAGCAGCACGAAAGUCGAGGAGGAGUCCUGUGGCACAGAGAACUGUCCAGAAGAUGGCGGCUGGUCGCCGUGGUACCCGGAAAAAAACGGCAGCUGUUCUGUGACGUGUGGUGAAGGAGAGUUGAGCAUGACCUAUGUACGUCACUGCGAUAACCCCGCUCCUCAGUUUGGCGGGAAAGUGUGUGAGGGCAACAACAGGAAGACUGAAACAUUCACCUGCAACACUCAGGAAUGUCCGAUCGAUGGCGGCUGGUCCUCUUGGUACAUGGAGAAGAACGAGAGUUGCUCUGUGACGUGUGGAGGAGGGGAGAUGAACGUCACGUACAGACGUCGCUGCGAUAGCCCCUCCCCUCAGUACGGCGGAAGUGACUGUACCGGAGAUGACAUCAGAGUGGACACCGUGGUCUGCAACACACAGCCUUGUCCCAUCCAUGGCGGGUGGUCCUCGUGGUACCUGGAGACUACCAGCAGUUGUUCUGUGACGUGUGGAGUGGGGGAACUCACCCUGACCUACAGACGUCACUGCGACAGUCCUGCCCCUCAGUUUGGGGGAAGUAACUGCACAGGGGACAACACCCGAGUGGAGAUCAUACAAUGCAGUACACAGUCUUGCCCAGUCUCUGCUUGGUGUCGUGUUGAAGUUGACGGCAGGUGGAGCGACUGGAGCCAGUGGCACAAGACUGGCGAGUGCAGCGCCCUCUGUGGCGGGGGUCAAGAGCAGCAGGUCAGGGAGCGAGAAUGCAACAACCCCGCUCCUGCCUCUGGUGGUAGGAUGUGUGAUGGAGAUGAGCGGGAAAACCGGACUAUCACCUGUAACCAUGACAACUGUGCAGAUCGAUGUCCACAAGACAGCAUCACCUUCAUCGCCCACACCACCAACAACCGCCUGUACUACCAGUGCGACAACGGUGUAGCUGUGCUCAGACAGUGUGGGACAGGAACCGUGUGGGACCAGCUGAUCACCACCUGCGUGCAUGACGGGUCACAACAGUCCCAGGGACACGAGCAGAAGACAGAGUGUGACCCCACCCGUGUGCACCAGCCCCACCCCAGCGACUGCACCAAGUUCCUCCUGUGUAGUAACGGCCAGGUGUACGAGAUGACCUGUCCUGACGGCCUGUACUUCAGUGACGUCAUCGGCGCCUGCGACUGGGCCACCAGCGUCACCUGCGAGAGGGCGUGACGUGGCUGGUCUCAUCUCCUCCCUCGAGACAUUUCAUUUCUAUUUCCUAUAUAUAUAGUAAUGAGCAGCAUACGACUGGCUGACAUUUGUAAACAUAGUACACAGUAGUCGCUUCCUUCUAGUGUGGUAUGUCCCCAUACAUGUUUAUUACAGUGUGAUGUGUCCACAGACUGUUUAUUACUGUGUGAUAUGUUUAUUAUACACGUUUAUUCUGGGUGUUAUGUGCCCAUACAUGUUUAUUACUGUGUGACCUGUCCACAGACAUGUUUAUUAAUGUGUGAUAUGUUUAUUAUACAUGUUUAUUCUGGGUGUUAUGUCCCCAUACAUGUUUAUUACUGUGUGACGUGUCCACAGACUGUUUAUUACUGUGUGCUAAGUCCACAUACAUGUUUAUUAUUGUGUGAUAUGUAAACAGACAUGUUUAUUACUGUGUGAUAUGUAAACAGACAUGUUUAUUACUGUGUGAUAUGUCCCCCAUACAUGUUUAUUCCGUGCUUACUGUGUGAUUUGUCACAUCACAUGUUUAUUACUGUGAGAUGUGUCCACAGAAAUGUUUAUUACUGUGUGAUGUGUCCACAGACAUGUUUAUUAGUGCGUGCUAAGUCCCCAUACAUGUUUAUUACUGUGUAAUAUGUCCCCAUACAUGUUUAUUACUGUGUGAUGUAUUCACAGACAUGUUUAAUCUGUACUUACUCUGCAUUCACAUAAACGUGAGAUUUCUGGGCCAGCAAAAGCCGUUAUCAUUUUUUGAGUGAGAUUCGUUGAUGUGAUCCACGAGCAGUUGUACUUCUUGUUAAAAGGCUUUUGCUAUGUAACAUUGCAGAUGUGCUGUUAUGAUUAAUUGUUUAUUUUACGAAGGAUUAUUCUUUUAAAAUUUCUGUUAAAUCUUGUUUAAUCUCAGAUAUUAACGCCAUUGUCUUGCUUGCGCCUAUUAUAUCUCAUUCUUUCUUAUUAUAUUUCUUAUUAUAAUAUAACUAUGAUAUGUUCAAUGGUUUAUGUUGUUGUUUUCGUUUUCGUGAAAUUACUUAUCGAAUCAUAAAAUCCCAGAACCUAAAA